AAUACCAUGCUAGUGCCGCCGGACAUGAUGGCCGCCCAGACGCGCAUGGUCUACCAGAUGAACCGAUUCUGCGCGGAGAGGGUCCAGGCCAGGAUGUUCAAGACGGCCACCGCCAUCCGCGAGAUCUGCAAGAUCGUCCAGGACAUCCUCAAGGAGGUGGAGCUGCAGGAGCCGCGCUUCAUCUCCAGCCUCGUCGAGUGCAAUGGCAGGUUCGAGGGCGUGGAGGUCGUAUCCCCAAACGAAUUCGAGAUAGUCCUCUAUCUGAAUCAAAUGGGCGUCUUCAACUUUGUGGACGAUGGCACUCUGCCAGGAUGUGCUGUAUUGAAGCUAAGCGAUGGCAGGAAGAGGUCCAUGUCCCUGUGGGUGGAGUUCAUCACGGCCAGUGGGUAUUUGUCCUCCCGGAAGAUCCGAGCCCGUUUCCAAACGCUGGUGGCCCAGGCCUGCGAUAAGAGUGUCUACCGCGACAUGGUCAAAAUGGUGGGCGACACCAGCGAGGUGAAGUUGCGCGUUCGUGAGCGAUUCCUGGUCCAGAUCACGCCGGCCUUCAAGUGCUCCGGCAUCUGGCCGAGAUCGGCGGCCCACUGGCCGGUGCCCCAUCUUCCGUGGCCACAUCCCAAUAUCGUGGCGGAGGUUAAGACGGAGGGGUUCGAUCUUCUGUCCAAGGAGAGCGUCGUCAUGCAGAACAAGAACAAUAAUGCGGCCAGCAUGGAGGGCGAUGCCUGGGUCCUCAGCUUUUUCGAGGCCGAAAAUCGCCUCCUGCAAGGUGGCUGCCGCCGGCGUUGUUUGAGCAUGCUGAAGACGCUGAGGGACAGGCACAUGGAGCUACCAGGUAAUCCCAUCAGUGCGUACCACCUGAAGAACCUGCUGCUCUACGAGUGCGAGAAACAUCCGCGGGACUUCGAGUGGGACGAGAGUUGCAUUGCGGACCGCAUCAACGGGAUCUUCCUGCAGCUGAUAUCCUGUCUGCAGUACCGCCGAUGUCCCCACUACUUCCUUCCGGGAUUGGACAUGUUCAAGGGCAAAUCCCCCAGUGCUUUGGAGCAGGCCGCCAAGCAGGUGUGGCGAUUGACCCGCGAACUGCUCACAAAUGCCAACGCCUUUGAGAAGUUGUAAGGGGGCGUGGCUAGGGGGUUGAGGUGGGUCGAUUUUGUAGACAUUUUUGCGAAGUUCUUGGGAUAUCUUGUAUCUUAAAUCGAUUUUAAUCUCUUAUGCAGUUAAAGGAACGCUGUUGUGUCAUUGUAUAAAACCAUUUUAAUCUAUCUUUCCUUUAGUGUGGCAUUUUAACUUCAUUUAUUAUUACUUUGAUUUUUUUCUUCCUGAAAAUAUUACUUUUGAAUAUUAUUUUCAUCUAUUAUUAUAUUUAUAAAAUUUAAUUUAAAUCCAGUUGAUGUGGGCCCUUAUUUUUCUAUCCAAAUUAACACACGUUUUUCUAUAUGCAACUUUUAUACUUUUGAGAAUAAUAUAUUAACUUUUCUUUCCAUUUUCAAUGUUAGACAAACAACAGUGUAAAAUGUAAUUGGGAGAAAGUUUUCCUCAGUAAAAGAAAGGAUUUGAACUAGAUUAAUAUCGAAAUUCGCAGCAGAAAACUUCCCCUAGUAAUGUAUUUCCCAGUGUUUUCGCAGUCAUCCAGAUAUCGACCCACCAAAUGUGGGGGAGUGUGUGGUGUGUGGGGUGCCAAGUCUGCCGGAGAUGGAAGAUAUAUAUACGACUAUAUAUAUAUAUGUGGCUCCUUAGCGGCCAUUUUGUGCCAUGUCCGUGUGCCUGUGUUUGUCUGCGUGACCGAGACCGUGUGUGUGCGUGUGCGUGUGCGAAAGUGUUAAUGCGGAGAUGCGAGAUAAGUCCACUCCCCAUUUCGACUCGACUCCGACUCCGACUCAACUCGACUCGAUUUGAGAUAUAUAUCUGCCCAUCCAGGCGUUCCGGCUAAGCCUCGAAUAUUGUUUUUAAUAACUCGCCCCUCGACGCUCACGACCCAUCCUUUGUUUGCCCAUCGAACAAUGGAUUCGCCAACUUCCAGAUCCCGGAUGGAAUAAAAAAAAAAUCAAACAAAAAAAGAGCAUUUGGCCAGGCGGCUCCUUUUACACGGGCCACUCAACGUAUACGAUUGUUUCACAGUUCGCAGAUCCUAGAUCAAAGCAAAAAUAUGAGAAACAAAGAUAGAGCGAGAGAUUCCAUUGAGCGUUCCAAGUCCAACUUUACAUUGUUUUUGAAUACCUAUAUACAUUUGCACCUAUAUACAUUUACCACGAUUAUCCACAGUUUGUUUUAAGUACAACAUAAUCCUAGAUUGUUUAAGUGAAAAGAAAUGCUUGA